GGUAGUAGUGCUACUUGUGGUGGUACUACUGCUGCUCGUGGUAGUACUACUUGUGGUACUGCUACUAGUUGUUGUAGUACUAGUGGUAGUAGUAGUGCUACUUGUAGUACCGCUGCUUGUGGUACUGGUAGUAGUACUAGUAGUGCUACUGGUGGUACUGGUAGUGGUACUCGUAGUACUGCUACUACUCGUAGUAGUACUACUUGUGGUACUGGUGCUGCUCGUAGUAGUACUGGUGGUGGUGGUCGAUAUCGCUAA